AAAUAUAUUAGUAGACAUGUAAAUUUGGUGUGUUUAAUAUAUAUAUAUAUGCAACAGGCCGAGAUGGCCAAAGCAACCACGUUACAUCGCGUCCAACAAGGCCACGUCAUCGCGUCCAAAAACGAGCUGGCUCUGCACAUGUACAUGGUACUCCACGGUCGCGUCGACGUGACAACCGACCACACGAUUCAAAAAGAUGGCGCGAUCGAGUGGAUCGUAGGAGGUGAUGUAGACGUGGUGCUGCUUCGUCCUGGCGGCGUCGACGUGGUCGCCGCGUCAUCCGAUGUGUCGGUGGCGUUCUUAUCCAAGUACAAUAUCGAGUGCAUCUUGCGCCAGUCGUUUCACCCUACAUCAUCAUCCGUUGUACUCAACAAGCCCUUUUCCCAUCAUCAACAACUCCGUCUGGCCGUCAAACCAGUGCCCAAGCUCACGACGUCCGGACCCCAUCGCCCUCGGUCUAUUGCCCAUAUGGUCAACAUGGUUGCCAAGACUACACUGCCAAGAAACCAGCGAGAUCGCAUCAAGCACACACGGAUCAUACAGUCUAAACUGUUUACGGAGGCAUAUAUGAGCCACGACAAGACGACCAACAAAGCAACCACGAGUCGAAACGAUAGUAUUACUAGUAGUACUAGUCUACUGGCGGCGGCUGCGACAGAGGAUGCAAAUGCAAUGUCGUCGUUUCAAUCGUCCACCAUGAUGGACAUGGAUGAAACCCGCGAAGACAACGAACUGCAGAUGGAUACGACUAGUACUACUAGUAGUACCCACCUCCCCCAUUGCAACAGCAGCAGCACUAGUACUAGUACCCGGGCGACCAGUGUACUACUACCGUCCAAGCCAACCACGUCGUCGCCAGCGUUCGAGUUCUUUCCGACGUUUGCCGACCGCUUCGACCCAGCCCAGUUGGACGUGCUCUUUCUCCCGUCGGUGCCGUUCCCGAUGGACGAAAUGAGACUCACUGACAUUGGCCCGCCGUGUCCGGAUGCGCCGAGCUUUGUCAUGCCGCCACGUGUGGCCAUCGACACGGCGGUGCUGCUAGUGGACCAGCUCCAGCUGCUGUGCAAAACCAGUCACCAAAAAGCACCGCCAGACAAGCGGCGGCAGUCGUGUGUCGACACCCAGUCAUCGUCUACCGCCAUGAUGCCCCUUGUGUUUCACGGGCACUUCGACGCCGCCAGCGAGUCGAAUUUGGAGCCAUUGGCAGAGCUAACGUUGUCGCAGUUUGUGGACGGACGCAAGACGGUCACGGCGGCCGCGGUCAAAGGCCAAAAGAUGCCAUUUGCAUCCGUGUCGCUGUAUUGUGCCGACUGGAACCAGCCGCCACCGCCGCCACCGCCGCCGCCGACAUGCGACGACAACGUGGUUGAAAGCGAUGUGGUGGUGGCUGUUGCGGAGGACAACAACGAAGACGAUGUGUGGCUACAAACAGUCGGCACCCAUCACGAUAAGGACAAUCAUCCUACGUCGAUCAAAGAGGUUUCUACACAGCUUGAAGCGUCGGGGGAACUCUGUCACACAUUUAUCACCAGUCCUGGCGGCACCAGUACAACCACAAGAAAGCUGUCGGGUCGCCGGCGGUCAUCUCAGCGCACACAAAGUCGUCGAGGCAGUGGGUACACUUCCCAAGCCAUGAACAACAAUAAGGAGGAUGCCACAGAUGAGGUCGGGGACUCGGUACCCCGUCAAGAUGGUGGUUCCAUAUCAGUAGUUGUGGGGGAAGAAGAAGAACGAGUGGAUGGGAUGCAGCAGCAGCAGCAGCGCCGCUCGGAUGCGGAUGGUUCGAUCGACUUGGACACGAAACACGUGUUCAAAGUCGAGUCGUCGACCAAUAUGAAUCACCUGCCAGCGCCGCCGAGGCAGCGACUGCAGCAGCGACUGCCAUCCAACGACCCUUUGUCGCGCCGCAAUGUGUACCGUAAACUGGUUCAACAAGUGUCCACCGUAACCAAAACAACAUUGGAUGACAUGUUGUCAAAGCCAACGAUGCACCUCGAGCAGUUGGAAAUCGAGCAAAAACUCAGAGACCAAGUCGGCAAAGCCAUGCUCCAAGAUGGAAACCCGUGCCCGUGGCGCAUUCAACUGCAGCAGCGCAUGGAAGCUGUCCUCACGUCGCUUCAGCUCUCAGCUCAAAAGAAGCUCGAAAUUGUCAUCAAGUACACUUCUGUGAAACAUUCGCCCCAUCUUGAAGCUGCGUUGGAUCUGUGGGAAAAGGCCGCCAACUGCAUCAUGGACCGAGAAGCGACGCUGCAACGCGUGUACGAGUUUGAGCUCGUGGCAAGUGACCCACGGCGACUAUUCCAAACCAUCUCAACAUUGCGUCUCAAAGUAAUACAUUUACUAUUCUCAAUAUAUAUAUAUAUUGAUUUGGGUGUGUAUAUGGAAUAAUACACACAGGAACAACGGCAACGCGAUCGAUUGUUUUUACUCCUGCACAACCACACGGACUUUUGCACCAAAGUGCUGGACGAUUUAUUUCGCCAGUUUGGGGACGUAGUGUUAUUCCAAGACAGAUCGUACUCGGAUAAAAUGCACCACGAUUACACCGAAGUACUGUACGACCUCGAGCAAGUGCGGCUCCGCAUGUACUUUGGCGGCAUCUCGGUCCCUACUCAAAGCCAGGAUCGACCUUCCAUGCAUAAUAUUGCUGCUACCAUCGACCCCGUGAAUAGCCAUGACAGAUCGACACCGCCCGUCGUUAUUAUCAUGCCAAGUAAAACUGGGAGCAUGGCGGGGGGUGUUGGAGCGACCAGUGUUCCUUCGUGUCGUGGUGAGAAAGAUCAUCAGUCUGACGACAAGGACGACGGGCACAGAGGACACCUUGUGGACAUUGUCAAGGCGAGAGGGGAAGCCACGUUAGCGGCGCUCAAAGCGGACCUUCGACGCCAGCAUUUGCAAGACUUGGCCGCCAAAGCGCAAGCCAAGCUCGAGGUAGAGAAGUGCUCACCAUCACUGUUUAUGUGUGUUGAAGAGGGGCCAAAAUGCUGAUAAUUCAAAUUGGUGGAACAGGCGACGCAAGAAAAAAUCAAUCGCCGACGACAGCCGACGCGACCCCCGCAGCCCAAACCCGCGCAAAAGGACUCGAUCCAAGCCACGAUGGCGCACCUGCUUGGAAGACUUGGGCCGACCCAACGUCCAGAAGAACCACCUCUGUCAACAGUGCACGGCGUUGGGCUGUCGUGACCUGUUUUUAGGUUUCGUGGCAUAUGUACUACUAUUAAUAGUAUAUAUUACGUUAGCUUGUCG